UGUUCUGUCUGUAUCUUGUCAGAGGAAGAUGUUUCAGUUUUCAAAGAUCAAAUUCUGUUUCCCACUCUCUACUACAUUCAUCAAGAGAUACUCCUCGUUUCAACCUACUAAACCAGUGAUCGACAAGGCUUCAAUCGAUGGGGAGCUUAGAGUUUUCAUCGUCUCCGGCGAAGUUUCUGGCGAUAACAUCGGCUCUCGUCUUAUGUCCUCGCUCAAAAAGCUCUCUCCUUUACCCCUCCGUUUCAAUGGAGUUGGAGGAUCCUUGAUGUGCAAGCAAGGGUUGACUCCAUUGUGUCCAAUGGAGGAUUUGGCUGUAAUGGGUAUGUGGGAGCUUUUGCCACAUCUGUAUAAAUUCCGUGUGAAGUUGAAGGAGACCAUUGAUGCUGCGGUUAAGUUUAAUCCACAUGUUGUUGUGACUGUUGAUUCAAAAGGCUUCUCUUUUCGUCUACUUAAGGAGUUACGAGCUAGAUACAAUCAGCAGCGUUUGGAAAAUUGUCCGGUGCAUUUUCACUAUGUGGCACCGUCGUUCUGGGCUUGGAAAGGAGGAGAGUCAAGACUCGGAGGUCUCUCUGAAUUCGUUGAUCAUCUUUUCUGUAUUCUUCCAAAUGAGGAGAGGGUUUGUAGGGAACAUGGUCUCGAAGCAACCUUUGUUGGACAUCCUGUUCUUGAGGAUGCUACUGAGUUCAACAUUACAAGGACGUCCAAGCCAGAAGAAUCAAAGCUUGAAGGCUUGAGUUUAAGCAAAUACUCACUACCUUCUGACUCCACAGUCAUUUCGGUGCUACCUGGGAGCAGAUUACAAGAAGUUGAAAGAAUGCUACCUAUAUUUUCCAAAGCAAUGAAGCUACUCAAAGAGCCAUUUCCAAAACUAGUAACGCUCAUCCAUGUCGCUUCCAAUAGUCAAGUUGAUCAAUACAUUGGAGAAUCCCUCCAUGAGUGGCCAGUUCGAGCAAUACUAGUCCCGAGUGGAUCCACUCAGCUUAAAUAUGAUGCCUUUGGCGCGAGUCAGGCUGCGUUAUGCACUUCAGGAACAGUUGCUUUUGAGUUGCAGCUCGCUCGUCUGCCUUCCCUUGUCGCUUACCGAGCACAUUUUUUGACCGAGUUAAUAAUCCGUUACAAAGCAAAGAUACCUUAUAUUUCUCUCCCAAACAUUCUCCUAGACUCACCAAUCAUUCCUGAAGCUUUGUUUCAAGCCUGCAACCCUUCAAAUCUCGCCUCAACACUAGAGAGACUGCUCUUGGAUGAAAAGAUGAGAGAAAGACAAGUUGUUGCUGCUGAAAAGUUGAUGCGGCUCUUGCAUCCGUCAGAAAGCGAACUAAGCAACAUGAUUCAUUGUGGUGAUUUGGAAUCUCAUCGAUAUACACCAAGCAUUCUAGCAGCUUCGACCAUUCUUAGUUAUGCCAAGCGUUGAAAUCACUCAUGAAGCAUACUAAGUACCUCCCUUGUUUAAUACUAUACGCUUAGUUCAAGCCAGCUCUGUUAUUAUUAUUAUUGUUUGCAUGUUGGAAUGUGUUUGAUAAGAGUUUUAAAAUCGGAUUUCGUUGGAUCAGAGAUGAAAUUUGAUGUUUCUCUUAAAAGGAGUUUACUCAGCUUUUCUUUGCAGGCUUGGCCUAACUAGUGUAACGGUAGUAUUAUGCUGUCAAGAUAGAAUACAUAACAAUGGGAGAAUAAGGAUUAAAGGAGACAAAGAUGUUUCCGUAAACAUAGAUAGAUGCAAAACACCAAAGCCACAAAGAUUCAUCAUCUCAUGUGUCUCUCAAACCCCAAACUCUCUCAAGCAAUGCACCAAUCUCCAUGUACAAAAAAAAAAAAAAAAAAAAAAAAAAAAAA